AGACGUGUGAGUUGCGCACGACAUUAAAAUCGAAUAAAUAGUCGUCUGCAGUAGCAGCCGAAGUGGACGUCUGCUGCAGACGUGAUAACAGACAAGUAUAAUAUCAGAAAGUGUUCCGACGAUCGUCGUCGUCGUUGUCAUAAAUUUUUUUUCUUCUCCCUCCUUUUAAUUCCACCCCUUAUCGUAAACGUCGUUCGAGUUUACGUGUAAAGUUGGCUCGGAAGUUUUAGAAUUUCCACCGAUGAUCGUCAAAUCACGGACGGGGAUUUCUGAAGGAGCCGUGUGGCGGCGAACAAAGCCGCCCUUACAAAUUUAAAGAAGGAAUGACGCUGGAGAAUCCUUUCUUUGUCGUCAAAGACGAGGUUUGCAAGGCUCUAAAUAAGAAUCGAGGUUUAUACGGCCGCUGGACGGAAUUACAAAAUGUCGUUACCAGUCCUACAAUAAAUGCUGGAGGGGGAAUCCCGAUUUCGCGCGAAGAAUUGGAUUGGACGACGACAGAGUUGCGAAAAGCUCUACGCUCAAUCGAGUGGGAUCUCGAUGAUCUAGAAGACACUAUUUGUAUAGUAGAGAAAAAUCCAACGAAGUUUAAGAUCGAUAAUAAGGAAUUAAGCGUUCAACGAAGUUUUAUUGAACAAACGCGUGAAGAAGUGAAGAUUAUGAAAGAUAAGAUGAAUUUAAGUAGGGGCAGAGACCGUGAUAGCACGGCCAGACAGCCCCUUUUGGAUAACAGUCCCGCUCGUGUUCCCGUCAAUCAUGCUUCGACUAAAUAUAGUAAGCUUGAAAAUGAGACUGAUAGUCCGAACAGACAAUUUCUUGGGGAUACGCUACAGCAACAAAAUGAUACGAUGAGACAACAAGAUGAACAAUUAGAAAUAAUUGGUGAAAGUAUUGGUACACUUAAAACGGUGUCUAAACAAAUCAAUUCGGAAUUAGAUGAACAAGCGAUUAUGCUGGAUGAAUUUGGUAAUGAAUUAGAAACAACAGGCUUUAAGUUAGAUGCGACAAUGAAGAAAAUGGCUAAAGUUCUCCACAUGACUAACGGUAAUUAUAAUAAUUACAUACCUGCCCCUACCACAGCUACAUCUACUGUAUCCGAUCUUACCUCUAAACCUUCUUCUUUAUCUUCUUUAUCAACUACAAUAACCAACUGCUUCUUAUGUGCUGGAGAUUAGAUGUUUAUCAUCAUUAUUAUUAUUAUUAUAAUACCAUAAUUAUUCAGUAGAAAAAUGGAAAUAUUUUUUUUCCAUGAGUAACAAUUAUUUCAAUCAGAAAUCAUAUAGCUGAAAGUAUUCAAAAGUAAAUGCUGAAAAAUUAUGGAAUUUUUCUUAUCGAAAAAAACUGACCAAUAAUGUUAUGAUUUUUUGCAACAUUCUGAUAUCUCUACUGCAUAUUAUUAUUAUUAUUAUUAAUCAUAAAAUAAGAAAACACCAUUUUUAUAUUAUUUUAAACAAAGUGAAAUAUUUAUCUAUUUUUGCACUCUCUUUUUAAGAUUUAUUUGGUUUAAUAUUUGCAUUAGUAAGCAAGCAAGCAAGCUUAUAUUAAUUUCAUCAUUAUUCUUUUUUAAUUUGAUAUUAUUUUCAAUGUAUAGUAUUGUAUGCUCAAUAUCCUCUGUUUGGUGUUAAUAGUAACUAUAUCGUGAUUGUUAUACUAUAUAUGCAAGAUAUAGGAUAUUAAUAUACCCAUAAUACUCAUAUUAAUACGAUUUUUUAAAAAUAAGUCAAUAAUGUAGAGAAAAUUACUUGAGACGGUUAAUUUAUAUUGCAAUUUCUCGGAUAUAAUGAAUUUUCUUUUAUAUUAUAUUAUUGUUGUUAGAAAAUAUGAAACGUAGAGUUAGAUAUUCGUAUUAGGGAAGAGUAUCUAUUUUUUUUCCUUGAAUUUAUUAAGUUCCUAUAUAAAAACAAAUAAAUAUAUAUAUAUACAGAGUGUUUCAAAAUAUUCAGGUAUAAUUUUAGGGAUAGUUUCAGUACACUAAAAUAAGAAAAAAGUUCAUAUAAUUAUAUACUCGAGUGUAUAAAUUUUUUAUUCUUAUUUUAGUGUAUAGAAACCAUUCCUGAAGUUAUCCUCAUAUAUUUAGAAAUGACAAAUAAUGUUAAAAAGAAGAUGAAAACCAAAUAAUAUGUAUUUAUGAAGUCUUAUAAUUGCAACAAUUUAUUUUUGCAAAGUAAAUAUACUAAAUGACUAUUAAAUACAGUCAUCAAGUAUUUGAAGCUAAUGAUAAUGUAAGAAAACAAGAUAAAGAGAAGGUAUAAUAAAUUAGCGUGUAAUUUGCUUAAUUGUCUAGGUGAAUAUACACAGGUUUUAGAGAGGUUUAUUAUUAUUUAACUGUUUUGUAAUACUUGGCCAAAUUUAUAGUUUUACAUUUAAAAAAGGACCACUUAUAUGUACUUGGAAAUGAUACUUUUUCUGUAGAUAUAGAUUAAAAAGAAAUAUACAUAACUAUACAUAUGAGAGAACUAAAGUAAUAGUUAUAUAUAUAUAUUAAAGUGCAAUAAGCAUUACACGAUGUGUGUUAAAAAAAAAAACUAUAAGCAGUAACAAUAAAUCUAAAUAUCGUUGACGUAAUAUUUAAUAAGAAGAAUAAUAUAUAUGUAGGUAAAUUUAAAAAAAAGGAUAUAGUUGAUAUUUUGUUGAAUUAAAGAUAAAUAAAAACAAUACCAAUGCCAAAAAUAUAAAAGCAUAUUGUCGAGCAGAAGUUUAAAAUAGAAACGGGGGUAAGCGGAAAUGCUUACGUACCUGAUAAAAAGAUUUAAUACAAGAAAAAAUGAUGCAUAGCAAUUAGAUAAAUUUUCUAUAAUAUUUCGAUAUUGGAAAUACCUCAGACACUUGUACUUCCAAUCUACACAAUGUGAUAUCAGUGUGCUAAGUGAUUUAAAGUUCAAGUCUAUUUAAAGGAAGGUUUCGGUGGGUAUUAAAAUAUUGAAUAUGUUUGUUUCUCUCUAUCUUAGCAUAAAAUAAAAUUAAAUAUGUACAUACAUACAUUUCUAAUCUGCUCAAUGAAAUUAUAAUUAGAAAAUAGAAUAAAAUAUUUGUAUGUAUGAUGAGAUUGAGAUUGAUUGUUUCUUUAAAAUACAAUACAUUGUUAACGGAUGUCGGAAAUUUUAAAAGUUAAAAAUAUAUUUGUCCCUUUAAGACAAAAUUAAAGAUACGAUAUGUGUAUAAAACAUUUUAGAAAGAAGAACAAACAAAUAAUAGAAAUAUUAUAAUCUUAUGAGACUUCAUAUCAAAAUAAAAUAAUAUUUCAGUAUGUAAAACUAGUUAAAAAUAAUA